AUGGCGGAUCAAGAGGACGAGGAUAUGAAGAUGGCCUCGAGACAGAGCACGCCGCAGCAGGAGUCUCCUGAGCCUAAGCGGAGCAAGCCGUGGGAGAAUUCCGGCGUCGGAAUGGAGGCGUCGGACGCGGAGGAGUCUCCGGAGGUUAGGGAUCGGCGCACUCAGCGGGAACUGAUGGCUGCGGCGGCGGAGAGGCGGAUGGCGGCGGCAAUGAAUGCUUGGCCGGCGGCGGUGAAGAAUGUAGAGAGUGCAAAGGACGUGAAAAUUGCAGGGACAGUGGGUGCCAGUACGGCUCUAAAUACGACAGUUAAGAAUGCAGAGAGUGUGAAGGACGUGGGGGUUUGGGGUUUAGAAGGUGAUGGCAAAGGUAAAGGCGUUAACUUGGAAAAUUUAGUUGGUGGGAGCGGAAUUUCUGACACCUCGUUAUCGAUCUUGGAGGCUGAUGAGCUCUUCUUGAUGAUUUUUGGGAACAGGGUCAGUAAAGAUGUACUUGCACAGUGGAGCAAUCAGGGUAUUAGAUUUAGUGCUGACCCAGAGACAUCGAUGGGGCUAGUACAGCAUGAGGGUGGGCCCUGUGGGGUACUAGCCGCAAUACAGGCAUUUGUACUCAAAUAUCUUAUAUUUUGUUCAGAACCAUCUGAUGAUCAUGAGCGAAACAUGACAGCAAAUUUGUCUUUUAGAGGAGUUGCCAAUAAUGAUUCAGUUGCUUCUGAUAUUUUCUCGCGUCUCUCAGAAGGAAAAAAAUCAAGAGCCUUGGUAAGCAGUAUGUGUGAGAUACUCUUCCUAUGCGGCUGUAAUGAAAGAGCACAAAUAGCAUCUUUAAAUAUUAUCAACCAUGAUUUCUUGAAGUCCGUGAACGGAUCGGAGGAUGAGGCAAUCGCUGGAGUUCUUAGAGGUCUUUCUAUUGAGUCUGGUGCCGACCUGCAGAAGUUUCUGAGAGUUGACAGCUGUACUUCUCGGUGGAGUGCACUCCGCCAGCUAGAAAUUCUGCUUCCUAUUUUCCGAAGUCGUCUGGGUGCAUUGCUUUUCUUGAUAUCUGCAAUGUUGUCUCGGGGACUGCACAAUGUUCAAGAGGACAGGGAUGAUCCAAGUCAACCGUUAGUCACUGCUCCAUUUGGGCAUGCUUCACAGGAAAUUGUGAACUUAUUACUCUCCGGGAGUGCCGUGGCCAAUGUGUUUGACGGAAAAAUGGACUUGGGCGGGGGCAUGUUCGUAAAAGGAAUCACCACACCAGUCGAGGUCGGCUUCCUCACGCUUCUCGAAUCCCUCCACUUCUGCAAAGUCGGGCAGUACCUAAAAUGCCCGAAAUGGCCCAUAUGGGUUGUGGGUAGUGAAUCCCACUACACGGUCCUCUUUGCCCUCGACACCAAAGUCCAGGAUGAGAACGAGUUCGAGAGCCGAGAAUCCCAGAUCCGCCGAGCUUUUGACUCGCAAGACCAAAGUGGCGGUGGCGGGUUCAUUACCGUUGAAGGCUUCCGUCAAGUUCUCAGGGAUGCCAACAUUAACCUCCCGCCCGAAAAAAUCGAGCACUUUUCGAGCGUGGGUUUUGUCGUGUGGACCGAAUUCUGGCAGCUUCUUUUGGACCUCGACAAGAGUUUGGGAGGCAUGAAGGACUCGACCGGGAUGAUGGGCAAAAAAGUCUUUGACUUGUAUCAUUUUAACGGGAUAGCAAAAUCUAUAGCUAACGGGGCCCACAUUGUGGGAAACGAGAGCCCGAUACAGAGGCCCAGGCUAACAAAACUGAGGGUUUCGGUCCCGCCUAGGUGGACGCCCGAGGAAUUCAUGUCUGAUAUACCUAUUUCAUCCUCGUCGGCCGGGAGUUCAUGCGAGGUGUCUAAACCUCAGCACGCGCCUUUGGUCGACUGUAUUAGGACUCGUUGGGCACGCUCGGUUUGCACGUGGGAAGGGGACGCACCUAGCAUUGUCUGA